UUACCUUUCCUCCAAAUGUAGCUCACAAAUGUGUGAAUUCACAUCAGAUGGUAUUUAUUUGGUGGACUAUACUGUUUGAAAUAUUUUGACAGCAAUACUUUUGGAUGAUUAAAAACUGCAUUGUCUGAGGUCUUUUAACACCUUCUAUUCACUUAAAUAGAAGGUGGGACAAAAUACUAGUCACACUUUAGAAUAGGGACAAAUUCUCACUAUUAACUAUUAACAACGACUUUUGCGUCAGUAAACUUCUAUUACUGCUUAUAAGAUAGUUAUUAGGUUUAGGUAUUGGGUAGAAUUAAGGGAUGUAGAAUAAGGUAUUGCAGAAAAGUGUUGUACACAAACAAAUAUGACACCAAUAUGCAUGAUAAUAAGCAAGUAGUUAAUGAUGAAUUUGUGUACCUUAAUAUAAAGUGAAACCAAAAUACUAUUAAAUGAUGAAGACAGACAGUACGUCGUCAUGGGCACCAUUUUUGUGUGAACUUUUGUUGGCUUUGACUUACAAAACUGUAAUAACAGAAUAAUGUUUGUUAUGCUGAAGGUCUCCAGUUGUGUAAAAUGCCAGUCAAAAGGAUGCGACAUAAAGAAGACUGUGGAAUACACCCCGGUACUGGUCAAUAGCCCUUUUGAGCUAGUAGGCAUGGACCUUAUAGGGAAGCUGAGCACUACUGAGGAUGGACAUCAGUACAUCUGUGUAAUGAUAGACUAUUUCACAAAGUGGCCCCAGGCAUACCCUCUUAAAUCAAAGUCAGCCAGUGAGGUCACUAAGUUCAUAGUCAAGUUCUUCCAUCAGUUCGAGGCCCCAAAAAGAAUUUUAACGGAUCAAGGAAAAAAAUUUGUAAAUGCUAUAAACAGGGAUGUGUUUGUGAAAUUUUGGGUAUUAAAAGGAGUUUGUGUGCCCCUUACCAUCCCCAAACCAAUGGAUUAGUUGAGAAAAUGAAUGCAACAAUACAGAGGGCCCUGGGGAAACUUGUGAACAGCAAACCAAACACAUGGGACCAGUAUUUGGAUGCAGUGAUGUUUGGGCUCAGAACGAAAAAGCAAAUCACAACCAAACACUCUCCGUUUUUCCUUAUGUUUGGCAGAGAGGCCCGCUAUCCCUCAGAAAUCCCAGAGCACUACCAGGUUGGCACUGAGGUGGAGGAAGUGGUUGCAGAAGAGGAGGUCUUUUCCGGGAUAAAACAACAGGAAAAAAUAUUUCAAGUUUUACGGAAACAAAAUGUGGAUGCAGCAGAGAAAAGAAAACAGGACAGCCGUGAAAAAAUCCAGUGCACAUACAACACUGGUGAUCUUGUAUGGAGACAGAAUGUAAGAUCACAGCAACGCAAAGGUGGAAAGCUGGAUCCUGACUUCCUUGGACCCUUUACAGUGACAAAAGUUGAAGGGAAAUCUGCUGACCUCGUGGAUAGCUGCGGCAAAGUUCUCCCCAAGGUCAGCAUAGACCAUCUAAAACCCUACAUAGAGGAGAUGCCAAGAAUUCCUCGUAAGAUAAAGGCAAACAGAAAAGCUCAUCACAUCACCACAGCCUCCACCACUCUCUCCGCCUCUGCCGCCACCAUCCCUGCCUCCACUACCACCAAUGCCUCCACGAUCUCAUCUGCCUCCACUACCAUCAAUGCCUCCACGACCUCAUCUACCACCGAUGCCUCCAUGACCUCAUCUACCUCCACUACCACCGAUGCCUCCACGACCUCAUCUGCCACCAUUACCACCAAUGCCUCCACGACCUCAUCUGCCUCCAUUACCAUCAAUGCCUCCACGACCUCAUCUACCUUCACUACCACCAAUGCCUCCACGACCUCAUCUAACGCCACUACCACCAAUGCCUCCAUGACCUCAUCUGCUACCACUACCACCCUAGCCUCUAACAUAUCGCAUGAUACCAUUGAAAGUUACAUAAGAGAUGCUUGGAAUGGGAAGGCUCCUCAUGUUCUUGUGUCAAGAAUUGGACCCUAUGCAGUUUUUUUUGGGGACAUAGCAAGAACUGCCCCAAAUCAAGAAUUAGAGGAUUCGGUUAUGAAUUCAUAUUUGCUAAUUCUUGCGAGACGAUACAACGAGACCCAUCUGGAGGAGGCACUCUCUAUAGAUUCGUUUGAAAUGUCCCAAAUCUGGAAAAAUGAAAAGACCAAAUUGAAGAUUGAUCCUAUGAGGUUCAACAUUAUUUAGGGUUUUAUAAACCAACACCAUCACUGGAUGCUCAUGAUCAUUUUCCCAAAACAAAAGAGAGCAAUUCUGCUGGAUCCUUUCAAAGCAACUCCCCGGAAACUAAGAAGAUGCCUAGAGUCCACAAGG